UGAUCUCAGAGAGCUGCGCUCUCACAGCCUGUGAGUGCAGGAAAAUGGCAGAGGCCAGUAUUUCAGUAGAUCAGGACCAGUUCAGCUGUCCAGUCUGUCUGGAUCUGCUGAAGGAUCCAGUGGCUAUUCCCUGUGGACACAGUUUCUGUAUGGUGUGUAUUAAUGACUGCUGGGAUCAGGGUGAUCAGAGGGGGGUCUACAGCUGCCCCCAGUGUAGACAGACUUUCACUCCAAGGCCUGUUCUAUGCAGAAACAACAUGCUGGCUGAAGUGGUGGAGAAACUGAAGAAGACAGAACGCCAAGCUGCUUCUCCUGCUCACUGUUACGCUGGACCUGGAGAUGUGGAGUGUGAUUUCUGUACUGGGAGAAAACGCAAAGCCAUCAAGUCCUGUUUGGUGUGUCUGGCUUCUUAUUGUGAAACUCAUCUUAAACCUCACUAUCAGUCUCCUGCCUUUAAGAAGCACAAGCUGGUCGAAGCCUCCAAACAGCUACAAGAGAAGAUCUGCUCUCAACACGAUAAACUGAUCGAGAUCUACUGUCGUACUGACCACAGCUGCAUCUGUUAUGUGUGUAUGAUGUAUGAACACAAAGGCCACGAUACAGUUGCAGCUGUAGCAGAGCGAUCUGAGAAACAGAAUCAGCUGAAGGAGAAGCAGAGGAAAUUCCAGCAGAGACUCCAGGAGAAAGAGAAGAAGCUGCAGGAGGUGAAACAGGCUGUGAAGACUCUUAAGAGCUCUGCACAGGCAGCAGUGGAGGACAGUGAGAGGAUCUUUACUGAGCUGAUCCGCUCCAUUGAGAAAAAGCGCUCUGAGGUAACAGAGCUGAUCAGAGCUCAGGAGGAGGCUGAACUGAGUGGAGCUGAAGAACUCCUGGAGCAACUGGAGCAGGAGAUUGCUGAUCUAAAGAGGAGAGACACUGAGCUGGAGCAGCUUUCACACACAGAGGAUCACAUCCAUUUCCUCCAGAGUUUCCAGUCUCUCUGUGUCUCUUCUGGAUCUGAGGACUCACCCAGCAUCACUGUCCAUCAACAUCUCUCAUUUGAUGGAGUGAGGAAAUCUCUCUCUGAUCUGAAAGAGAGACUAGAGGAAUUCUGCAAGCAGGAAUUCAGUAAAAUCUCUACACAUGCUGCAGCAGUUCAGGUGAUUUUACCCUCAGAGCCAAAAACCAGAGAAGAUUUUCUACAGUAUUUCUGUCGGCUGACUCUGGAUCCCAACACGGUGAAUUGUUAUCUCAGACUGUCUGAGAAGAACAGAGUGGUGACGUUCGGUGGGAAAGUCCAGCGUUACUCUGAUCAUCCAGAGAGAUUUGACCACUGGUUUCAGGUGUUGUGUAAGGAGAGUGUGAGUGGACGCUGUUACUGGGAGGUUGAGUGGAGCAGUAGUGAGGGAUGGCUGUACAUCUCAGUCUCAUAUAAAGGGAUCAGCAGGAAAGGAGAUGGCUAUGAGUGCAGGUUUGGACACAACAGUCAGUCCUGGAGUCUGCAGUGUUCUCCCUCUCUCUUUUUCUAUCACAACAACAUUCAGACUGAGAUCUCAGCCUCAUCAUCCUCCAGAAUAGGAGUGUAUGUGGAUCACAGUGCAGGAACUCUGUCCUUCUACAGCGUCUCUGACACAAUGACCCUCCUACACACAGUCCACACCACAUUCACUCAGCCUCUCUAUGCUGGAUUCUGGGUCAGUGGUUUACUUAAUAUUGAUCGAGGAACUGUGAGGUUGUGUGAUCCAAAAUGAUGUGUAUGUUGUAUAUCAUACUUAUUUCAUUUAAAGAAUCAAGAGAUCAUUUACAUGUGAAAAAUAUGUACAAAUUUGUAAAAAUAUGAAAAUGUUUUUUGUUUGUUUUUUUCUAGCUCAUUGCAGAAAAGUAAUUAAUGUAUGUACAUAUUUUAGACCUCAUUCCUGGGUUUGGUUUAAUUUUCUGGUUUGAUUAUCCUAAAAAGAAAAUAAGAUAAUGUGUCAAAAUUUUUUCACUAAGUGCUAAAUAAAAAGUUACAGUUACAGUAAAGUGAAAGUGUAGAAAUGAAAUGCUAACUAGUGCUGAAAGUGUGUCCUUGUUUCCAGGUUCUACAUCAGUAUCUUACAGUGAGCCUUACAGUAGGAUUUCCAUUGACUUUACACACAUUUCACAGGCAACAGAAUGAAAAGGCAUUAAAACGUUUUUGCUGCUGGACGCUCGUUUCCAUCAAAUUUACCCAGAAAUAAAAACUCUUUAUAAGCUUUGCUUCAUUGAUAAAAUUGUAUCACAAAUUACACAUUUUUUUGGGAGCUGUUUACAGUUCUUUUGUCUGAGGUAAUCACCAACUAACAACGUUCUCCAAACACGACACAGAAAUGAAAUGAUUGUUCACAUGAUACUAGAAACUGCUGUUUUAAUGCACCACAGACCAUUUAUAGGAACACUUCACAAGAGAAGGAGUAGGAAUCUGCUUUACCAGCUGUGGCUGCUUUGUUGGUUUGUAGAAGAGGCACAUGAUGACAUAUUUAUGAUAAAUAUUUCUGCUAUAAAAAUGUUUCCUGGUUUUUCAGCAUCAAUAAACAAUACAGAAAGAUUUG